AUGUUUGUCUUCAGCGUUUGUUUCUCCGAUAAGGAGAAUUUCACUUUGACUUGGGUAUUAGAAAAUGUGACAUUAAGGGCGCGUUCACCAGAGGAUAUCCCUUAUGAAGAAGAUAUCCUGAAGAAUCCUACAUCGCUUCGGAGCUGGCAACGGUACAUAGAUCACAAGAGGAAGACGAACAUCUACGAACGUGCGCUGAAGGUCUUUGAUCGUUGUUAUAAGUUGUGGUACAAUUACCUGCGUUUUCGACAGCGAGUGAUUGCUCACAAGCCUCCGACGGACAUCUCAUGGUCCCGUUUAUGUGAUGCUUACGAAAGAUGUCUCAUUCACAUGCACAAGAUGCCUCGAAUAUGGAUGGAUUACUGCACAGUGAUGACGAAGCGAAGAAUUGUCACCGAUUGUCGACGAGUUUUCGACAGGUUUUUUCAACAAAGCGUUGCGAGCUUUGCCUGUUACACAGCAUCUUCGAAUUUGGAGGUAGGAUUAAGAUUUCUAUCUAUCGUUUUGUUUCGCGUUGUGUUUCAUUCCAGGUACAUGAAAUUAAAUCCACGAGCGCGAGAGGAUUUUGUCGAAUACCUUAUUAAAAUUGAUCAAUUGGACGAGGCCGCUCGGCAGUUGGUGGCUCUUGUGAACGAGGAUAUGCCGGUGUCCGAUAAGGGGAAGACUGUGCACCAGCUUUGGGCAGAGUUGUGUGAAUUGAUCUCAAAGAAUCCUAAAAAAGUGCACUCUUUGGACGUUAAUGUGAUUAUGAGACAAGGAAUUCAAAAGUACUCUGACCAGGUUGGAGUGCUUUGGUGUUCAUUUGCUGAGUACUACAUCCGUGCUGGACAGUUUGAAAGGGCCCGUGAUAUAUACGAAGAAGCGAUGGUUUCUGUAAAGACGGUACGAGAUUUUACACAGAUUUUUGAUGCCUUUGCCGCUUUUGAAGAGAGGAAUACAGCAGCGAUGAUGGAUAACCUCGCUGAGCCGCCUGACGAAGAGGAUGAACUGGAACUUGAGUGGAUGUUCGCGAGAUUUGAACAUCUGUUGGCUCGUCGACCUUUAUUGCUUAACAGUGUGUUACUUCGACAAAAUCCGCACAAUGUGCAUGAAUGGCUUAAUCGAGUAACCCUUUAUGAAGGGCAGCCGGACAAGCAAAUAGACACGUACUUGGAAGGUGUACGUACUGUAAAGCCUAAAUUGCAAGCAGGGAAACUGUCCGCAUUGUGGAUUUCGUUCGCCAAGUAUUAUGAAAAUGCCGGACAGAUUGAUGAUGCUCGAAGUAUAUUCGAGAAGGCAACGCAAAUUCCAUAUGCGAAGGUGGACGAGCUAGCAACAGUCUGGUGUGAAUAUGCCGAGAUGGAAUCAUCCGAUCGCGCCAUCGCCGUGUUACGACGCGCGUGUGCUCCUCCGCCGCGAAAGACGAACUAUUUUGAUGAGACGGAGACAGUUCAGAAUAGGGUUCACAAAAGCCUUCGUGUGUGGUCAAUGUAUGCUGAUUUAGAAGAGGGUUUCGGAACGGUCGAUUCGUGCAGAGCAGUGUACGACCGCAUUCUAGAUUUGCGAAUAGCAACGCCUCAGAUUGUCAUAAAUUAUGCAAUGUUUUUAGAGGAGCAUGAUUAUUUUGAAUACGCCUUUAAGGCUUAUGAACGUGGAAUAGCUUUGUUCAAGUGGCCACAGGUUUACGAUAUAUGGAAUCUCUACCUUACGAAAUUUAUUAAGAGAUAUAGUGGGAAGAAAUUAGAGCGAGCGCGAGAUUUGUUCGAGCAAUGUCUUGAAGGAUGUCCUGCUAAGUUUGCCAAAAAUAUAUUCUUGUUAUAUGCUAAGUUAGAGGAGGAUUAUGGGUUAGCUCGACAUGCCAUGUCUAUUUACAAUCGUGCUACUGAAGCAGUUGAUCGAAAAGAUAUGUGUUCGAUGUUCAAUAUCUACAUCAAAAAGGCGCAAGAACUCUACGGUCUUCCUCAUACACGACCUAUUUAUGAACAUGCCAUUAGUGUUCUUCCUGAAGACUCGUCAAGAGAACUGAGUUUACGAUAUGCUCAAAUGGAGCGGACUCUUGGUGAAAUUGAUCGCGCACGAGCAAUAUUUGCACAUGCAUCGGAAAUCUGUGACCCCAAGAUUCACGGCCACUUUUGGGAUAUUUGGAUGGAUUUCGAGGUAAAACACGGUAACGAGGAUACUCUACGCGAGAUGCUCAGAAUUAAACGUUCUGUACAACAGACCUAUAAUACGAGCGUUAAACAUAUGUCAGCGCAAUUGAUAGCAGCAGGAGCACUGUGGAAGCCAAAUCGUCCAAUGCCAUGCAGAUGCUGGAUAAAUAUCGGUAACAUAGCCUUUGUUCGUGGUACAAGUAAAACCACUCAAAUGGAUACAACGGAAAAUCCUGACGAAAUCAAUGUGGAUGUUGAUGAUGGUAGUGAUGAGGAUGAAGACAUUUCUGCUAUUGAAACGCACACUGUUCCUGCUGCGGUUUUCGGUGAUCUUAAACGACCAGAACAUGAAGGAACUUUGACAAGCUGA